CAAACCUACACAUUCUUAUUUUAUUUGGAAGAUAUACACAAAUAUUAGAACAUUAAAUAAGUGGGAGGAUAGGAUAGGUAGUUUAUCCUAUCAUACUUUUAGGUAGUCUUCAAUAAUUAUAUUAUGUAAUGUUAUCAACAUCGUUCUAAAUAAGAACCUAAAUAAUUGUAUAUUAUUUUAUUGUGCUAGAUUUGGUUUAAAAAAAUUAACGACCGUCAGUCAAUUCGUUUAAAUAAAAUAAAAACAACAACAAACACGAGGAAAGAAACACGGGGAAAGAACUUUAGAUAGGUAUUGAAUUGAAUCGUGAUUACCUAUCAGUUUAUCUUUACCUAUUCAGAAGCUGCAAAAAUGAAAAUCUCAAUAGGAGACGUUGUUUUACCCGGUGACUUUUGUGAGGAAAUCGAAGUGGCUGGUGAAAAGGCCAAAGUGAUUCUUGGGCCGGGCCUUCGGAAAGAGAUCGACAAAAUAUACAUCACAAAGCCUGGAGUACUCAGAAAGCGAGCACCAAAUACAUUCUGGGUCGAUAGUUACCAAAAACGAUACGUUCCAUCCAGAGGAGAGAACGUUAUCGGUAUUGUAAUCCAAAAGGCCGGCGAUAUCUUCAGAGUCGACGUCGGAGGCAGCUGUCCUGCUUCAUUAUCCUACCUUUCUUUCGAAAACGCAACAAAAAAGAAUAGACCAGAAGUUCAAAUCGGCGAUGUGGUGUACGCGAAGAUGCUAGUCGCUAGCAAAGAUAUGGAGCCAGAGAUUGUUUGUGUAGACUCAACAGGGAAAAAAGGCCGUAUGGGAGUCCUCACUGAUGGAUUUGUGUUUAAAUGUUCCUUGAAUCUCGUCAGGAAGAUUUUGAAUCCAAAUUGUCCUUUGCUAAACUCUUUGAAGAAUGAAUGGCCGUUUGAGAUAGCAGCCGGGAUGAAUGGGCGGAUUUGGAUCAAAGCAAACACUAUGAGAGAAACUAUCGCUGUGGGGAACGCCAUCCUAGGCUCGGAGUACUUGACAGAUGAUGAGAUCAAAAGCAUGUGCACAAAUAUAGCAGCAAUCCUUGCUGGUCAUAUAUCAUGAUGUAAAGUAACUGAAAGUGUUAUAAUAUUUUACCCAUACCGCAAUGUUAUAAAGUUUAUAAUUGA